CGACGACAACCAGCAGGCCAGCCGAACAAGAAACGUAGAGCUUCUGCAGGGACGACGACAACCAGCAGGCCAGCCGAACAAGAAACGUAGAAACGUAGAGCUUCUGCAGGGACGAAGGCAACCAGCAGCAGACACACGGCUGCGGUGCUGCGGGUUGGGGUCAGGAUGGCCCACCGGUACCUCCGUCUAUCCGGAGGCUGCAGGAGUCUCUUCAGAAUCCUCCUGCCUUCAAACGGCGCAGGGACGGGCGGCGCGCGGCUGGCUUCCAGCCAGACAGUGAGCCUCACUGAGAGACCAAGUCUCUUUACUGCUAUACUGGGAGCUUAUCGUAGACUGUGCUCCAAACCACCAAAAGGAUUUGAGAAAUAUUUCCCGGACAGUAAGAAGGCAGCUAAAAGCAGUGAAAGCGGUGCAGACAGUGCCGUAUCCAAAGAGGCCAAGCCCAUCAAUCAGCAGAGAGCCUCCGGGAGAUCAGGAGGAGGGGGAGGAGCUUCAGGGGGAGGCGGAAAGCGUGGUGGUCGUAAGGAGGAAUCCCAUUGGUCCAGCCGCCUGCAGAAGGGUGAAGUGCCCUGGGAUGAUAAAGAGUUUCGUAUGUACCUCCUGAGCGGGGUGGUGUUCUGGAGCGUCGUCACCUACUACUUCUUCUUCCGUGAUGAAGGCAGAGAGGUCACCUGGAAAGACUUUGUCAACAACUAUCUCUCCAAAGGAGUGGUGGACAGGUUGGAUGUCGUCAACAAGCGUUACGUCAAAGUUGUGUUUUCCGCUGGGAAGACUCCAGUAGAAGGGCAGUACGUGUGGUUCAAUAUUGGCAGUGUGGAUACGUUUGAGCGGAACCUGGAAACGGCCCAGUAUGAGCUGGGCAUCGAGGGGGAGAACAGAGUACCGGUGGUGUAUUCCACAGAGAGUGAUGGAACCUUCUUACUGAGCAUGCUCCCCACGGUGCUGAUCAUUGGCUUCCUGCUUUUCAUGCUGCGUCGAGGCCCUGCAGGCGCGGGCCGUCCGGGUCGUGGAAUGGGGGGGCUUUUCAGUGUCAGCGAGACUACGGCAAAGGUCCUGAGGGAUGAGAUCGAUGUCAAGUUCAAAGACGUGGCGGGCUGCGAGGAGGCAAAGCUGGAGAUAAUGGAAUUUGUCAACUUCCUGAAGAACCCCAAACAGUACCAAGACCUGGGUGCCAAGAUUCCCAAGGGUGCCAUCCUAACAGGUCCCCCUGGCACAGGGAAAACCCUGCUGGCCAAAGCCACAGCAGGCGAGGCCAAUGUCCCCUUCAUCACUGUCAAUGGCUCUGAGUUCCUGGAGAUGUUUGUGGGUGUCGGCCCUGCUAGGGUCAGAGACCUGUUUGUCAUGGCUCGUAAAAAUGCCCCCUGCAUCCUCUUCAUUGAUGAGAUCGAUGCCGUGGGGAGGAAGAGGGGCAGAGGGAACUUCGGAGGUCAGAGCGAGCAGGAGAACACCCUCAACCAGCUGCUGGUGGAGAUGGAUGGUUUCAACACAGCGACCAAUGUGGUUGUGCUGGCUGGUACCAACAGAGCUGAUAUCCUGGACCCAGCGCUGAUGAGGCCUGGUCGCUUUGAUAGGCAGAUCUACAUCGGUCCUCCUGACAUCAAAGGCAGGGCUUCCAUAUUCAAAGUCCAUCUAAGACCUCUGAAGCUGGAACCAGAUCUGGACAAAGAUGCUCUGGCCAAAAAUAUGGCCGCUCUCACACCCGGUUUCUCAGGUGCAGACAUUGCUAACGUGUGUAAUGAGGCAGCACUGAUCGCAGCCCGCCACCUGUCUGAUGCCAUCAACCAGAAACACUUUGAGCAGGCCAUAGAGAGAGUCAUCGGUGGUUUGGAAAAAAAGACGCAGGUCCUUCAGCCAGAGGAGAAGAAAACGGUGGCGUACCACGAGGCGGGGCAUGCUGUGGCCGGCUGGUUUCUGGAACACGCCGACCCUCUGCUAAAGGUGUCCAUCAUCCCCAGAGGGAAGGGCUUGGGUUAUGCUCAGUAUCUUCCUAAAGAGCAGUAUCUGUACACCAAGGAGCAGCUACUCGACAGGAUGUGCAUGACAUUGGGAGGCCGCGUGGCUGAGGAGAUCUUCUUCAGACGGAUCACCACCGGAGCUCAGGACGACCUGCGCAAAGUCACGCAGAGCGCCUAUGCCCAGAUUGUCCAGUUUGGGAUGAAUGAAAAGGUUGGCCAGGUGUCAUUUGACCUGCCCAGGCAAGGGGAGAUGGUUCUGGAGAAGCCCUACAGCGAGGCCACUGCUCGCCUCAUCGAUACAGAGGUGCGCACACUUAUCAGUGAGGCCUACCAGCGCACUCACAGCCUGCUGACCGACAAGAAGGCCGACGUCGAGAAGGUGGCACUGCAUCUCCUGGAAAGGGAGGUUUUGGACAAGAAGGACAUGGUGGAACUCCUUGGCGCACGGCCAUUCGCUGAGAAAUCGACCUAUGAGGAAUUUGUGGAGGGAACCGGGGGAGAGGAGGAGGACACCUCCCUGCCUGAUGGCCUCAAAGACUGGAACAAGGAGCGCGGAAAAGACAAGGAGGAGAGCAUGGAGGAGCAGGUGGCUCGCCAAAUCUCUGGAGGAAUCCCCUUCUAGACUCCUCCACCUGGCCAGUCAGAAUGGAGCCUGGAUGGACACGCCCACUCUGUACAAUGGAUGAAGCUGGUAGGCUGGUUCUGUUCCUCAUGCUUCUCUGGGUCUUCCAGGCAGGAUAUUGUGGGCGGUGGGAUUUAAAGCAACACUUAAUGCUAAUUGGACAUAUUUCCUCAUCAGCCUUCAGUGUCGGCUGUCAUGUGAUCCGUUCUUUCGGCCAGUGGGAAAUGAAGUUGCCUUCUAAUCAAACAUAGGUACAGUCAGGUGUAUGUGAGAAAGCUGCUGUUCAGAAGUUCUGAAACAUCACUAGAGCAGUUGGUUACACAUCAGAAAGCAGGUUUAACAAUUCAACACGUUUGUUUGAGAUUUCUGUCAACAGCUUCUAGGCAUGAAUUAAUGGAAUCACAAGAUGAGAAGGCAAACAUGAAGGAGAAAAGAACCAGUUUCAGCCCCGAAGUCUCUAGGAGCUGUUAGAAAGAAGAGGUUGAACUUUGGGAAUGUUUUCAUAUGAACGCGGGAUGCCGGUCCAUAGCGCCGCUGACAUUCAUCUGUGUAGAAGAUGUCCAGAUGUUCUUCCCAGCAGCCCACACCGCUGCCAUAAGAAUAACAUGGAAUUAAAAUAAAUGUGCUUAAAAAAUAUAAAUUAGUCUAUAUCCUUCAUGAGAGUGGUUUUAUUGUUCAAUAUGCUCCUUCUUACACUCCAGUCAUGUCCAGUGGGAUUACUGUCAGUUCAGUUACAUUUAUAAUCCUUCAUUUUGUAAAAACAAUAAUAAUAAUUCAAAAUCCUGAAGUACCCGAAAUAUGAAAGACUCUGUCACCAGUAUAAUGGAAAUUAUAUUUUGAAUUUACAUUCAAACACUUUCAGUGUGCUGAGGCCAACCCUGGCUGACUACAGGUCAGAACCUCAAAACCCACAGGAAGUCCUGAAGAAAGCCUGCUGGUGAAUGUUGAACACCUGGAACCAUACCUGGCAUACAAACUGUCACAAUCAGACUCACUUCUUCUCAAAGGCAAAAAAACAUCCAGGACCUGGUAUGGUUCUCUGGGAUUGGUGACUUUAUUCGUCACUUAUUGAACACAUGCUGGUGUUCGUAGGCACUCAUGUUCUCCUCUGCUGUCGAUGGGAAGGACUACAAACUCUCCUCCACACUAACAGACUUCCCUGAAGUCUGUAUUUCUGUUCGGUGAAGUCCACAGAGAAAUCUGUGUCUCCAUGAGACUGUCGGCAAAGUCAGUCUUCCCAUCUCCUGCUGUCACUGCUAAGCUGUUGUAAACAUGUAAUAUGAGCUGUAAGAAGUGUAAAUGUGUUCAGGUGUUUAAAGUGAUUAAAGACAUAGCUGUUC